GAUGCGCUGCCAGCGCGCGCUAGGCUGCGAGGAUGCGCUGCCAGCGCGCGCGCUAGGCUGCGAGGAUGCCCUGCCAGCGCGCGCGCUAGGCUGCGAGGAUGCGCUGCCAACGGGCCCGCGCCUGCGAGGAUUCUCGCCAACGGGCCCGAUGGGCGCGCUGCCUCGGCAAUGGCUGGCUGGCACUCGAGGAUUUCUCGCCAACUGGCCCGACGGGCGCGCUGGCUCGCCAGCAGUGGCUGCCUGGCCUGCGAGGAUUGUCGUCAACGGGCCCGAUGGGCGCGCUGCCUCGGCAAUUGGGGGCUGGCACGCGAGGAUUCCUCGCCAACUGGCCCGACGGGCGCGCUGGCUAGCCAGCAGUGGCUGCCUGGCCUGCGAGGAUUCUCGCCAACGGGCCCGAUGGGCGCGCUUAUUCGGCAAAGGGGGUCGGGCACGCGAGGAUUCCUCGCCAACUGGGCAGACGGGCGCGCUGGCUCGCCAGCAGUGGCUGCCUGGCGUGCGAGGAUUCUCGCCAACUGGCCCGAUGGGCGCGCUGCCUCGGCAAUUGGGGGGCUGCCACGCGAGGAUUCCUCGCCAACUGGCCAGACGGGCUCGCUGGCAGUGGCUGCCUGGCGUGCGAGGAUUCUCGCCACCGGGCCCGAUGGGCGCGCUGCCUCGGCAAUGGGGGGCUGGCAGGCGAGGAUUUUAUGCCAACAGGCCCGUGCACGCAAGGAUACCGAUUAUAUACGGGGCCGAUGGGCGCUGGCACGCAAGGAUUUCUCGCCUACGGGCCCGUCAGGAUUUUUCGGCGACGCAGCAGACGGGCCCGUCAGGAUUUUUCGGCGACGCAGCAGACGGGCCCGUCAGGAUUUAUCGGCGACGCAGCACGGGCCCGUCAGGAUUUUUCGGCGACGCAGUCAGGAUUUUUAGUGGUUAAUCCAAUAAUUUAUCAAAAACCAAUGAUAAAUCCACUGAUAGCAAAUACAAAUGAAUUAAACACAAUUUAAUUAGAAUGGGAGAUGGAUCAGUUUCCUGGCUUGAAUUCUCUUUUAAUAAAUUCAAAGAGAAAUAAAAACGCUCAGUUUGUUCAGCGUCGAUCAUCUGGGGAAAUAAUCAUCACUUCCAUCCCAUCCCAUUUUCUCUUUAACACAAUAAAGAAAAACUCUACAUAAAUAAUUUUGGUAUGACAACAGAAAUAGAUCAGAAAUCUGGCUUGGACUCCCAAAAUAUAUUGAGAAAAAUCGCUCGGUGUAUUCAGCUUCGAUCAUUUGGGGAAAUAAUCAUCACCUCCCACCUCUAUUUCUAUCUAAUUUACUCAACACUUUGGGGGACUUGCAUGUAGAACUGGCUAGAAUAGAACUGGGGGACUUGGCUCCCGUGCUGCAUAGUGUGGGGGACUUGCAUGUAGCACUGGCUAUAAUAGAACUUAGAUGCGUUCUCAAGUCCGCUGAGUUUGUGGAAUUACCUAGGAUUUUGGGACUUGGGACUUGGGGGAUUCUUGGGACUUGGGGGAUUCUUGGACCUUGGAGCGCGGAACCUCAGGGCCGUUUUUUUAAGAAUAAAUUGGUAUUG